UAAUUUGAUCAUCCAAACACAAAUUAAUUAAGUUAUAUAAGUGAAAGAAAAAAGCAGAGAAGAAAGAUGAAUAUGGAGAUUGAGGAAGUGAGUUACCAAGCAUUGCCUCUACUUUCAUUGAACCAUGUUUCUUUGUUGGUGAAAAAUGUUUGGAAUUCUGUGAGAUUCUAUGAAGAUGUCUUGGGAUUUUGUCUUAUCAAACGCCCUUCUUCUUUUAAUUUUAAUGGAGCCUGGCUUUACAAUUAUGGCAUUGGGAUUCACUUGCUUGAGAAUAAAACCAUGGAGGACUUGGAUAUUAACGAUGAACCACGCCCUAUUAAUCCAAAGGAUAACCACAUUUCCUUUCAGUGCAGUGAUGUUAACUUGGUGAAGAGGAGGUUAGAGGAGAUGGAAAUGAGGUAUGUGACAGCAGUGGUAGAGGAAGAAGGGAUCAAAGUGGAUCAAGUAUUUUUCCAUGAUCCAGAUGGCUAUAUGAUUGAAAUUUGCAAUUGUGACAACAUUCCAAUUGUGGCUAUUCCUUCAAGUUGUCUACUUAAGCCCAAUAAAUUUGGAACUUACAAUAGCAAGAUGUCGAUUGCUACCCCUAAUUAUAGUUGUGGUUUUAUGGAAACUCUCAUGAUGGAGAACUUAAGCAUGGACAUGCUAAACUUUUCCUUCUAGUGGGGUGUCUUGAAUCUUUUAAAAGUUAAUUUGUAAUUGAAGGGGGCAAAAUGAUGUCUACAUAAGGUUAUUUGCUUAUUCUUACAUGCAAAAAGAUGUGUAUCUGCAUGUUCAAAUUCUAUAGUUUGGUUGUAUGUGCAACUAUGGUUCAAUGAAUAAAAGUAUAAGAAAGAUGUUUGAUUG